AUGACGUCUGCAGUAUCGAUGCGUUCCAUGCUUGGCGUGCCAGCGUCCACGGCCUCCACGAGUGACAGCGUCCUUGUCAUCAUCGAUGCUCAAAACGAGUACGCAAAUGGAAAGCUCGCAGUCUCAGGGGUCGAAGCAUCUCGGGCAAAGAUCGCCUCCCUGCUUGAGAAUUAUCGCGUCGCAAAGGCCCCGGUCAUCCAUGUCGUCCAUGAAGUGCCAGCUGGCGCGCCAAUCUUUACUCCUGGCACCGACCUCGCUGAGGAGUUUUCGGAGCUAAAGCCGCUCGAGGGGGAAAGCGUGGUCACCAAGCACUUUCCUGGCUCCUUCACAGGUACAAACUUGGAAGAUUUGCUGAAGGCUACUGGAAGGAACAAGGUGGUUUUGACUGGAUACAUGGCACACGUCUGUAUCUCAACGACCGCUCGACAGGCCAGUGAAAAGGGGUGGGACGUGAUUGUCGUUGAAGAUGCGGUCGGUGACCGCAAUAUCCCUGGAACCGGCGCUGAGGAGUUGACGAAGGUUUCUUUGGCCGAGAUUGCGGAUGCAUUCGGCACCGUAGUCAAGAGCACCGAUAUAUUGUAA